CCCUUUCCUUUCCAAACCCACCAACAUAAACUCUCUUAUUCAACUACAACACCUUAAGAUCUUAAUCCAUCUUCUCAAUUUCUCUUCCUAAAAUACAGUGUUUUCGAAUUCUAAUGGCAAUCCCAGUCAUUGAUUUCUCAAAGCUUGAUGGAGAAGAAAGGGUCAAGACAUUGGCUCAGAUAGCUAAUGGCUGUGAAGAAUGGGGAUUCUUUCAGCUGGUGAACCAUGGGAUUCCAGAAGAGCUCCUGGAGAGGGUGAAGAAGGUUUGUUCAGAGUGCUACGAGCUGGAAAGAGAGGAGAAUUUCAAGAGUUCAAAACCUGUGAAGCUCCUGAAUGAUUUGCUGGAACGCAAGAGCGGCGAGAAGCUGGAAAAUCUUGAUUGGGAAGAUGUCUUCCUUCUCCAUGAUAACAACGAAUGGCCCUCCAACAUUCCUGGCUUCAAGGAAACCAUGGCAGAGUAUAGAUCGGAGCUGAAGAAGCUAGCUGCAAAGGUGAUGGCAGUGAUGGAUGAGAACUUGGGUUUACCUGAGGGAUACAUAAAGGCUGCCUUCAAUGGUGGCGAUGGGCUGGACAAGGCCUUCUUUGGAACCAAAGUCAGUCACUACCCACCAUGCCCACACCCGGAGUUGGUGAACGGCCUCCGUGCGCACACCGAUGCUGGUGGUGUCAUCUUGCUCUUCCAGGACGACGAGGUGGGAGGCCUUCAAAUCCUGAAAGAUGGGCAGUGGAUAGAUGUCCAGCCAUUGCCGAACUCCAUAGUCAUCAACACAGGUGAUCAGAUUGAGGUCCUGAGCAAUGGAAGAUACAAGAGUGUUUGGCACCGGGUUCUGCCCUCCCCAAAUGGGAAUAGGAGAUCCCUUGCUUCGUUUUACAACCCAUCAAUGGAAGCCAUCAUAGCUCCGGCACCAAAGCUGGUGAAUAAAGCAAACCAGGAGGUGGAAAAAGGAUAUCCCAAGUUUGUGUUUGGAGACUACAUGUCGAUUUAUGCUGAGCAGAAGUUCCUUCCAAAGGAACCAAGGUUUCAGGCUGUCAGGGCAAUGCGAGGGACAUGAAUCUAAGGACUGUUGGACUUCACUCUCUUGAUGGCCUUUCAUUCAAGGGUUUUCAUGUAUUAGUGACAAUAUUUGAAUAAUGCAACUGUUUCUUUCUACACCUCAUUCCCCCACCACACACACACACGCACACAAAAGGGGAACCAUUCUCCCUUUGGGGGCGUGUGUUUGCUUUUGUAAUUUGCUGCUGUUUCUCCAUAUAUUGUUGUAUGUUGUGUAAGGUGUCCGAAGGACCAAUAUUUAAUAUUGUUUUCAAUAUUAUAUUUCGUACUAAAA